GCUGCCUUCAUUUCAUCCAACCACACUCUUCCCAUCACACAUUCUAGCUAACCAUGGGUGUAGAGCAGACCGGUAACACCAUCGUCCUCAAGCAUGUCUCGGGUGCCAGUGCCGAAAUCUAUCUGCACGGAGCUACGGUUACCUCGUGGAAGGUAAACGGGCGCGAGCAUAUGUUCCUUUCCAAGAAGGCCGUUCUCGACGGCUCGGCGGCUAUUCGAGGCGGCGUCCCCGUCGUCUUCCCCAUUUUUGGCCCCCCGCCUUCCUCGCCCCCUGAGUACGCGGCCCUCAAGAACCAUGGAUUUGCGCGCACGCAGAUGUGGAAGCUCGACCAGAUCCUGCUCGACCGCGACGAGGGCGUAUCCGUGCGCCUCGUGGCUCCGCCCCCUCCCCAGUCCUUCCCCUACCACUAUGACCUGAGCUACGUUGUGACUCUCGCGGCACACCAGAUUAGCUGCGACAUCCAUGUCGUUAACCGAGACUCGGAGGCGUUCCGCUUCCAGGCCCUGCUGCACAACUAUCUCGCCGUGCCGGACGUCUCGCAGAUUUCUAUCUCUGGGAUCAACGCCGGCGUGCGCUACAAGGACAAGGUGCUCGGCGGGUCGGAGCACCAGGCCGCCGGCGGCCCGUUGACCAUCACAUCCGAGGUUGACCGCGUUUACGCCAAAGUGCCCGGGCAGGAGGUUCGCGUCGAUGACGGCCAGGGGGGCGGCUACAAGGUCCGCUUCCGCGGCUUUGAAGACUGUGUUAUCUGGAACCCAGCUGAGGAGACGGGAAGCAAGAUUGGAGACAUGGAGGAAGGCGGAUGGAACCGCUACGUCUGCGUUGAGCCCGGAUUUGUUAGCGAAUUCAAGUCGCUCGAACCUGGACAGAAGUUCCUCGGCCAAGAGACCAUCACCCUUAUCGAGCCUCCUCGGCUGUAACCUGAUCACGGGCCAUUGGAGGGGUUAACAAGACUUCCCAGAGUGACAUGGAGGUAGUACCAAGGUCGAGUCCGUGCUGUAGCUUGCAAAUGAAUUGUCUCGAAAGGAUUGUCUCCCGCAUAUUGACGGAGUACUGGAGACUGAGCCUUCCAGAUGCCUGCUG